AUGGCCUCCGACGGCGCCGCCAGAGGCCGCCCUCCCAAGCUCCCCGCUUCGGAAGGCCUGGACCCAUCCAACGUCCUCACCUACAAGAGACGCCGCCGCGGCACCGGCGCCAACGCCGGCCACAGCGCCGUCACGCCGGGCCCCGACCCCGUCAAGAAUAAGAUGAGCGCGGUGGUGCACGCCACCAGUUCCCAUCAAGGUGGGCGCCAAAACCUGGACAGGUGCUGGAGAAGCUGGAGGGACACGCUGGAGGGCGUCCUGCAAUCCACUGCUGGGAACCAGGGCUCCGGAGGGAUUCAGAGCUGCAUCCGAGAUGCGCUCAGAUAUAAUGGUUGCCAGCCCACAGAACAUGGGAACUUAGCUGACGGCCAAGGAGCAGGAAGAGAGGACCCUGCUGGAGCUGUACAUUCUGAAGAGAAUAGUGGUGCCUUGGUUCAGUUAGAAGAUGGAACAGCUGCAUCUUUGGAAGCCAACAAGGCGAUGUGCCAUAAAGCUCUCUUUGACAUUCUAAUCUCCGAGAAGUUUGCCAUGCUGUGUGAUCUGCUAGCUGCAACAUUCCAUGUCAAUAAGCCUGAUGACCUGAUUGGUUUGCAAAUAAUUGAUGCCAAGAUGAGAAAUGGGGAUUAUGCACAGAACCCUGCGCUGCUUGACCAUGAUAUCAAACAGAUAUGGAAGAAGAUUGAACAUGUUGGCCAACAAAUGGCUGGUCUGGCAAGCAGUCUCUCACUGAUUUCACAAGCUUCUCAUCAAAAGCAGGCUUCUGGCGUUUCAGAAAUUGAUGUGGCUGAACACAGGAUAGAGGAAACAAAUUUGGGUGGUGGCGCCCACAAAGCCCUAAGGGAGUUGACUCCCCCUUGCGAUUCUGGCCAUUCUACGAUACCCAAACAAACUGGGACAUCUGGAUCGGAUGGAAUUUGCAAGGAUUGUGGCGGAAAGGCAGACAGCGAAGGAAGAAUUAUCUGUGAUAGAUGUGAAGCUGCAUACCAUGUUUCAUGUCUCAAGCUUGCCAUUGAUGAAGAGGCCCCAGCAAAAUGGUACUGUCCCAGCUGUUUUGGAUUAGACGGACCUUCAAAGAAUAACAACAAUGGCAGAUCACAUGAAGGCUGCGAUGUAUGCGAGUGGCUCGUGGUGGAGAAGCCAGAAGAACCCGCUGAAGAUGUUAUCCAACCUGAAUUGGCCAUCAAGACGCAGGAGAGCUCAGUGUCAAGCAUGGAUGAAGACAGUGAACCGGACCUCUCAACAACUGCUCUAGCAAACUUGUGCAAGCAUUGUGGCACGUGUGAAGAUGAGAACAAGAAGUUCUUGGUAUGCGGCCAUCCUUACUGUGCUUACAAGUUCUAUCAUGUCCUGUGCAUGAAAGAAAGCCAGAUUGCAAGUGAGAAGCAGAAGAAUCUAGCAUGCUGGUACUGCCCGUCUUGCCUGUGCAGACGCUGCUUCAGAAACAAGGAUGAUGAAGAAAUAGUAUUGUGUGAUGGCUGUGAUGAUGCUUAUCACAUUUACUGCACUACUCCGCCGCUCGAAUGUGUCCCGAGAGGUAACUGGUACUGCAUGUUGUGUAAUGCGCGGAGGUCUGCACGUGGGAUGGAGAGGUAUGAGAAGUCGAUCCUGCAGAAGGCCAAGCGUGUUCCUGAUGCCAAAAGGCCAAAGGAGAAGAGGUACACUGUUGCUUGUGAAGAACAACAGUGUGGUUGGAGAGUAUGUGCUAGGAAGACGAAGGCAGACAAAUGGAAGAUUACCUCAGUGAAGCAACCACAUGUUUGUGCCACUGCUGAGGCAGAAGAGAACCAUCUGCAGCUCAAUUCUAGGUUCAUUGCAAGGCAAUUAUGCCCCGUGGUGAAGCAUAUGCCAACCAUUACGGAUGGAUCGGUUCCCCUUCUUGAUCCAAGGUUCGAUGAGCACCACCGGGCUCGGAGGAUUGAGAACGGAGAGAUUUGGAUGUGGGAGAGGCUUCCAGUUGGGAGACCGCAUCGCCUUGAUCCCCACAACCUUGGUUUCCUCAAGGAGACGCAGCUAGAAUGCCCCUACCGUGGCACACCUCUACGAAGCGAGCCCACGGAACAUACCACGUGUCACGCCACGCGUACAUCAGCUUCACCAACGAGCUGGACACCCUUUUGCCACAACAUGUUCAACAGACAAAAAAAUAAGAAGAUCACCAACUGGCAGCUGGAGCAUCAGCGCUACAUUGAUGAGUGGAUGUUGAUGGAGCAGAACAACAUGGGCAUCCACGCCGUCCAUCGUGACAAGGCAUUCCAUGAUUACCUUGUUUGGUUUGGUCAACGAACAAGGCUUCAAUUGAGGCCCGCUUGGACGGAGCAAGACAUUGCUGACAUUGCGAGCGAGGAUGAGGGCAACAACCCAUAUGACCAAGCUACCCGAGAAGGCAGGCAAGUUGAGAUCGCCCCUGCAUUAGCCAGAGCUCGUGCCAUGCAUCGCCUACGAAAGGUAGCUGCGCACGCCUUGGAUGUAGACGUUCCCGGAUGUGGCAGGUCCCCACAACAACCUUGGUGCCGGACCUUCUCUCGCACAUGUUGGAGGGACUUCAUCUUCACAUGGUGCACAUGGUGGCGUGGACUUCUUCUUCACAUGGUGCAAAGAACUCAUCGCAGAGGGGGUGGUCAAGGACAUGGUCAUUAUGAUGAUGAAGAUGAUGAAGGACGUGGAGAGUACUAUGAUCAUGAGUAUGAUGAGAUUGGCAUGUCCCAGCUUGGAGAUGCACCCCAAGGAACUCAAGGCCCUCCGGUUCGGGCGUCCACAUAG